ACUGCACACAACAGUCCCGCAUGCUAGCUGUUUCCAUCGGUGCAGUAUUGACCUUCGUCUGUUGACCAACCUUUUGUACAAUGGAGGAUUAUUCCGAAGUCCGGGUGCAGCUCACUCGUAGGUUCUCAGACUUCCUUCAGUAUGAAUUUUCUACUCCAGGCCAGGGCUCCUGGAGCUAUGCGCGUGCUCUGGAGGACCUUUACGAGCCAAUAGCGGGGUCUGGCAAAGCCUACCGCAUCAAGUCGCGGCGCCUGAUGGUUGCCGAACACCACCUUCGAAAAUAUGAUGAGCCUCUCCUUGUUCAAUUACUACAAAAGCCACUCGAAUGCUUGCCGGCGUUCGAGGACGCGUUACAGAAUUUUGUGAAGAGCGGCGUUGACCCCGUUCUGCUGCGUCUUUUAGAAGAGACGGGUAACAUGAACAUUUCCAUUGGUCUCAAAGGGGACUUUGGCCGUCACGAGGUCUCGCCGCGUCAGCUGACGUCUGCCUUUAUCAACCAGCUGGUGUGCGUCUUUGGAAUUGUUACAAAGUGCUCCCUUGUACGCCCUAAGCUGGUCACCUCGGUACAUUACUCCGAAGGCACCAAGGAGUACAUCACGCAGCAAUACCGCGACGUCACUUCGCUGCGCGGUGCACCGACAGGCGCCUCCUAUCCCCAGUUUGACUCGGCGGGAAACCCCCUCACGACGGAAUUCGGCCUCUGCAAGUACAUCGACAACCAGACCAUGCAAGUCCAGGAGCUCCCCGAGACCGCACCUCCCGGUCAGCUGCCUCACUCGACCGAAAUUAUUCUGGAGAGCGACCUGGUGGACGGAGCCAAGCCCGGAGACCGCGUAUCGAUAGUGGGCAUCUACAAACCGCUGGCUGGAAAGCAGUCAGGAAGCGUCAACGCUGUUUACAAGGCCGUCCUUGUGGGAAUUUCGGUGCACAAGCUGAACAAGGACAGUCAGACCAAGGUGACCAUGGCUGACGCGCGCGAAAUCAAGCGACUGGCUCAGCGGCCACGCGUGCUGGACCUCCUAGGGGCUUCCCUGGCGCCAUCUAUUUACGGACACGACAUCAUCAAGAAGGGUCUGGCGUUGAUGCUAUUUGGCGGGUUGGAGAAGACCCUGGAGAACGGCACACACCUCCGUGGUGACAUCAACGCGCUCAUGGUUGGUGACCCUGGUGUCGCCAAAAGCCAGCUGCUCCGCGCAGUCAUGAAUAUCGCGCCUCACGCCGUGUCCACCACCGGUCGCGGUUCCUCAGGCGUGGGUCUCACUGCUGCCGUCACUACCGACGGCGAGACGGGGGAGAAGCGUCUGGAGGCCGGCGCCAUGGUGUUGGCGGAUCGCGGUGUGGUGUGCAUCGAUGAGUUCGACAAGAUGAGCGACCAAGAUCGCGUCGCAAUACACGAGGUGAUGGAGCAGCAAACGGUCACCAUCGCCAAGGCCGGCAUUCACACCUCGCUGAACGCAAGGUGCUCCGUGCUGGCGGCAGCCAAUCCGCUGUAUGGCUCCUACGACAGGCACAUCAGCGUCACGCGC